AUGGACGAUAAACCGCCGUCGGAUUCUCAGGAAGACGCACCGCCGCCGCAGCAACAGCGCCGGGGCGAGCAGGAUGUCGAGCGCGCGUCGUCGAAGCAGCAGCCGGACGAGGACUGGUUCGCCUGGCUCCAGGUCCUGGGCGCAUUCUGCCUGAAUCUGAAUACAUGGGGCCUCAUGAACGCGUUCGGGGUAUAUCAGACCUACUAUGAACUCGACCUGCUCUCGUCCAAGUCCCCUUCGGACAUCUCCUGGAUCGGCUCGACCCAGGCGUUCCUCAUGUUCAUCAUCUCGAUGGUCGUGGGGCCCGUCGUCGAUGCAGGCUACGUGAAGACGCUGCUGGGCCUCGGAUCGCUGCUCACGGUGCUGGGGAUGUUCAUGACCAGCCUCUGCACGCAGUACUGGCAGGUCUUUCUGGCGCAGGCGAUCACCAUGGGCCUGGGAUUCGGCUGUCUCUACGUGCCGGCCCCGGCUGUUGUGUCGCAGUACUUCAACAAGAGCACUGCGCUGGCCAUGGGGGCGUCUUCGGCUGGCAGUGCCAUCGGCGGAAUCAUAUAUCCUAUUAUCUUCAGCCGUCUUCAGCCCAGGAUCGGCUUCCCCUGGGCUACUCGUGUGAUCGGGUUUAUCAUUCUGGCAACCCAGCUGCUGCCGGUCUUUCUGAUGAAGCCCCGGUCUGUCCCAACCAAAAGGGCCAGAUACAACGUGGUAGAUACGACCGCGUUCAGAGACAGCCCCUACAUGCUGCUCAAUCUGGGCCUCAUCUUCGGCUUCACGGGCCUUUACAUUAUCUUUUACUAUAUCCAGCUCUACUCGCUCGAGGAGACGCACAUCUCACACGUCCUCGAGUCAUAUCUCCUGGUGAUUAUCAACGGGAGCUCUCUGGCAGGACGACUGAUACCUGGGUUUUAUGCUGACAGAAUAGGGUCCAUUAACGUGCAAACGAUCGUCGCCUUUAUCAGCGCCCUGUUGACAUUCUGCCUGAUUGCAAUCAAAAGUGCAGCCGGUCUGGUGGUGUUUUGCGUCAUCUACGGGUUCUCUGCCGGUGCGUUCAUGGGGCUACCCGCUGCAGGAGUGGUGAAUCUCUCUGCAGACAAGAGCAAGAUAGGCACUCGGCUAGGGAUGACGCUGGCCGUUGUAGGAUGCGGCGUACUCGUAGGCAAUCCUAUUGCCGGCGCCAUUCUCAAUGGACGCGGAGGCUGGGUUGGACUUAUUUGCUGGUGUGGAGCUCUGCUUACGGCUUCAGUCAUUAGUAUGGCUGCAAGCAGGGUCUCAAAGGUUGGUUUUGGCCUCAGGCGAGCAAUAUAA